UGGAUAUUCUGUUACCUUUCUCUUGUCUUUUCUCCAUCCCUCUUAUACGUUGCCAUUAGUUAUCUCUUUUUUUUUUCCCUCCCUUUCAAUGGGAGACCACUCAUUCUUUAAGAUUCCAAAAAAUAAAUCUUUGAAAGACGUGACCAAGGUUUACAAAUCGUUGGUAUCCAAACGGCACCAUGACAAGAAAAACCCUGAGGAGACAUCACCGGGGUUUGAGUAUAAUGAUAAUAAAAGAGUGGAUGAAGACAUUUGGAGCCGUAAAUUUUUGUCAAAAGCUGCAAGUAGAAGAUCUAAAACGCCAACACCAAAAUCAAGGCCUCUUUCAAGACAUGGAAGCAGGCGAUGCACAACACCUACCUCUCUUUCGAGAAGUAUCAGCCGUAAGAGUGCUGCAGAAAUUGCUGCAUCAUCUAUCAAAAGGAUUAUGAGCAGAAGGAGUUCCUCAACUUCUUUUCCAAGGAGCAUGAGAUUGGACAUCUCUGAACCUGAGUUAUGCAACCCAGCAGGCUCUCCAACAAUAGGUGCAGGCAUAAGGGGUUCCUCAACUUUUUCAAGGAACAUGAGAUCUGAAACCUCUGAACCUGAAUUAUGCAACCCAUCAGGCUCUCCAACAAAAGGUGCAGGUGCAGGCAUAAGGAGCGCCAAAGAGAGAGAACAUGUCCCUCCAGUCUCAUUGUCAAGCAAUCUGAGCCGUAGGGCCACGACACCUAUCAUAUUUUCACAGACAACAGCUAGAAGGAAACCCCCAGAAGUUGAGAGAGUGCUCCAUUGCACACUCGAGAACUUAUGCUUUGGAUGCAUAAAAAAGAUAAAACUUACCAGAGAUGUUAUCAAGCAUCCGGGGGUAAUUGUCCAAGAGGAGGAAGUUUUAAAAAUUGAAGUGAAACCAGGAUGGAGAAAAGGAACAAAGAUUACAUUUGAAGGAGUAGGUGAUGAGAAACCUGGAUACCUCCCAGCUGAUAUAGUAUUCUUGAUUGAUGAAAAGCAACACCCUUUGUUUACGAGAGAUGGCAAUGAUUUGGAAAUAUGUGUUGAGAUUCCGCUAGUAGAUGCACUUACAGGCUGUUCCAUAUCAAUCCCUCUAUUAGGAGGGGAAAAUAUGACUCUGUCAUUCAAGAAUAUUGUCAUAUAUCCUGGAUAUGAAAAGAUUAUUAAAGGUCAAGGAAUGCCAAACCCCAAAAAUAACGGGAUAAGAGGUGAUCUUCAUGUCAAAUUCCUCGUUGAUUUCCCCACAGAAUUAAGUGAAGAACAACGGAAAGAAGCUUCUAAUAUCCUGCAAGGUUGUUGCUAAUGAUCAUAGUUGUAUGCAGAUGCACUAAUUUGCUAAAAACAAGUGAGGACAAAAGAGUAUUUUAUUAUCAGUUUAAAAAACUUCUGGUAUCUUGCAUGCAUAGUCAGUCCUACCCAACCCAACAAUACCAAUAUCAGACAACCAAUUCACUGGAGCACAACAAUAAUGCAUGGAUGCAUUUCGUUAGAAGAGAAUGAAGAUGUUGAGCUUCCAUAUGGGGGAGGUCAGGGCUGUAGAAAAAGAAAGGGAACUUCCACAGUUUCACUUACCAUUUAAGGCCAAAACAGGGAUUACAGAAUGCAACAUCUACAUUGUUAGCACUAGGUUACUCAUUCCUAGGACAUAGCUGCUACUUGUCCAAAUAUUUGAGGAGAUACUGUCUCCAAAGAUAUAUGUAUCAAUCUAUAACAGUAGUCAACAAAUUAAUGUAACUAGAGUUUUCAUCA